GAUAUGAUCUGGUGUUAACCAGACUAGCCCCGAACCAGCCCUGGAACUGAUUUGGUGGAAAAGGGGUAUCUGUAAAUCUAUGACGUCAUAUGGAGACUUCUAGCGACUUCCUGCUAAUUCCUCCCUGAAAGGAGCCGGCACACCUGGGUAUAUUUUCGAAACCUGGCAACCCUCUUCUCUCUGCAGUCCAUCGACUCGUCACACGGACAGUUCCUGUUGUUGUUAGAUUAUUGGUUUCUCAAAGCGUGGAGUGAAUUUGACAGACAGGGCAGAAAGACUCGGACUUGAACUGACUACACAAACUAUCUGAAUGCUAGCCAGCCGGUGUGUCACUUUGUCGGCAUAAAAUUACUUUUAGUCCGGCGGGGUUUCUUUUUUCCUUCGGAAGCUAGCUGCAUAAGCUAGCCGUGUAAUCCUGCUUCGCUAGCAGAGCGGCUAGCAGUGGGGAGGGGGGGUUUCCAAGGCACUACUCUUGGAUCUUAGCUACAGUAUCACGAUGGACAAAGCGGAUUUCCUGAAAGGUCUUCCUGUCUACAACAAGACCAACUUCAGUAGAUUCCACGCAGACUCUGUGUGCAAAGCAUCGAAUAGAAGGCCAUCAGUUUAUCUGCCAACACGAGAAUAUCCAUCAGAGCAGAUUAUUGUCACAGAGAAAACAAAUAUUCUUUUGCGCUACCUCCACCAACAGUGGGACAAAAAGAACGCAGCCAAGAAACGGGAACGGGAGCAGGAACAAGGUGAAGGAGGCAGUCCCGCACCAUCACGCAAAAUUGCACGGACCGACAGUCAAGAAAUGAACGAAGACUCCUAAACUGGAUUGUUACCAAACAGCACAGGGACAGGCACAAAAAUGACAGUCUUUUCAGAAUAAUACAGUCUACAUUUCUUGUAGACACCUGCACAUGAGACUGGCUUUAACAAUGAAAGAGAAAAGUGAGACCUUUUUAUGGUUUGUUUUUGUUUUUUUUUUAAUUCAGUGCUUCCUGUCAAACUGUCUCAUUGUGCAUCUUUGCAGCCUGGUGAUAAACACUUAGGGUCGCUAUUAGCUUCCACUGCCAGAAUCUGUGGACCUGGUGCACUGAAAUUUGCUCAGGUAGGGAGACUUGAGUGCUGGCAUUAAGAGCCAUCGUUCUUCAACAUGCAGGAAUUUGGCAGUGUGCGGCAAACUUAGACUGCAUCACACAGUGUUGUGCGUGGGUGGGUGUGCAAAUUAUAAGUCCAGUUUAAGAAUCAUUCCCACUAACUCAGCUGUGGAUUUUUUUUUUUUUCCCCUCUGUACUGACAGGCAAGUCGGUUCAUAAACGUGAAAUUUUUUUUUUUGGACAAAUUUAGAUGUAGGAGUUCUGGUGUAAGUGACAUGGUACCUUCCUAGCAUGUGCCUAAUUGUGCAUGAACGCACUGCUAAGAUAAUGAUCAAUGUGAAAGAUCACAUCUUGGAAAUUGUUCCAGUGCUACUGUCUUGGAUAUGUUAAGUUACUCACCAAGAUUGCAACCAAAUUUAGGUCUAUUCUUGAAGAUAUUUGGUAGUGAGGCCAAAUAUCUAAUGCUAUCCAUCUGAUUAGGCCCUUUGCAGAUUCUGAAGGUGGUUGGAUUUUCCAUCCUGUGUUCCACUGAAAUUAUGAUCGAAAGUCCUAUGGGCUUGACUUGUUCAAGUACUUUUCCCUGCUCAUGAUUGUUAUACUUGGAUAAUGGUAAAGAUGGUUUGUUAUAUGCUGGAGUUCAGUGCCAUGCUUUGGUUCUACGCUUGGUCUUCAAGCACUAAUCAGAGUGACACUACAACCUUUUAUUAGCGUGAAUCAACAUGAAUGAAUGGGGGGGGGAAUCAGAUGUUUGUAAUACCACAACAGAUAGCAUCUGUUAGAAGAGGUUUCUGCAUGUGGUCCUCUCAUGAUUUUAUCUGAAAUAUCUCGAUGUGUUUAGACCACUGGCAUAAAUGCAAUGUGAGGAAA